CUCUAUUCCCGCACUUGCUGUCAGUCAUGUCGCCCCCAGCUUUGAGUUCAGACGCUACCACUGCCCUAACAAAGUACAUCAAUGAUGCUACAAAACCAGGCACAGACAACAUUAUUCUACCAGCUGCCAUUGUCCACAUAGUGGACGAGCAGAAUAAUGUCCUUUUCUCCCAUGGCGCCAGUGCCAAUAAGCCACCCACUGCGGAAUCCAUGACUAUCAUCCAGUCCCUUACCAAGAUUGUCGGAGCAAUGGCAUAUAUGAAGUUAGUGGAGCGCGACCUUACGACCCUCGACGACCCCGCCACCAUCACUAAAUGGCUCCCCGAGCUCACCGCAAAGAACGUGUUGACCGGCUAUACGAUGGACGGCGAAACUGGUCAGAAGCAAUACCAAUUUGAAGACCGAAAGGGAGAAAUCACAGCGCGAAUGCUGAUGAACCAUACGUACGGCGGCGGCCACACAUUCUUCAACAAGUUAUUAUUCGACUACGUCCAAGACCUCGGUGUAUGGGAGACAACAAACGAAGCCGUCGAUCCCUAUGGCGUCCUCCUCGUAAGCCCACUAUUAUGGCACCCAGGCAUGAAAACAAACUAUGGUCAGGGCCUGGACUGGCUCGCCGUGCUCAUCGAACGCAUCAGCAAACAGUCACUGCACGAUUACCUACAAGAGUACAUAUUCAAUCCCCUGGGCCUCAAGGAAAUCGGCAUAGAAGCAACAUACGGCGGCGUCGCUACCUCACUCCCGCACAACACUGGAAAGUUCUGGCCGCGCAAACUUCGGAACGGAGACUCGUUCAUCACGAUCGAUGUCGCGGAGCCGGAAGUAGUGAAGCGAGCAAACGCUUUCCCAGAAGGUGACUACCACACUGGUUGUUUGGGAACCGGACUGGUAUCCAGCGUGCGCGAUUACAACCACCUCCUCUCUGUCCUCUUACCCGAGAACAUGGGCGUGGACUCCGUAACCGGUCAUCGCUUACUGUCUGCUGAGAGUGUGCGGGAGAUCACUUCGCCCCAGCUUCCUGAAGAUAUUAGAGAUAAUUCGCGUAGCAUACCUACUGCAAAUGCUACUCCCAUCGUGCUGCCUGCUGAUCUUUCCUCCCCGGUGCUGGAUCCAAAGGGAAGUUACGGCUUGGGAUGUGCUGUUCAGGGCGCAGAUAGGGUAUUGAAGAAUGGUGGUAGGGGAAGGAGUAAGGGUAGCGUGUAUUGGUACGGAGCGCCGAACUGUGAGAUGUGGGUCGAUGGGAAAACCCAUAUUGUGGUGAGUGUUUGGGGGAAUUAUUAUCCGUGGAAUGAUGAAGCAUGGGUGGAACUUGUGGCGGGCGUUGAGGGACGUAUUUAUGAGGCGUUGGGUCAGUAGAUGGUGUAGAGAAAGAGUGUGGAGGUUUACAUAACGAACAAUGAUGGCUGAGCUUGCAUAAUUUCAUACAUUCAUUCG